CCGCCCUUGUCGAUUGGCCUUGGCCGCCACCAACCAGCAACCCCCUCGCUCGAUCCAUCGCCAGUGCUGCGACGACAGGCACCACCCACCCCAGCCUCGCCGCCGGCGGCGCGCCAUGUACGUAUACGUCUCCGGAGGAGGGCGCCGGCACCAUGGGCGCCGACGUCCUCUGCGCCUGCUGCUCCACGCUGCGCGCGCUCCUCCACUGCGCCCAGCACGGCGCGCGCCUCUGCCUGCCCUGCGACGUCCGCGUGCACGCCGCCGCGCAGGACCACCGCCGCGCCCCGCUCUGCGACGGCUGCCACGCCGCGCCCGCCGCCGCGCGCUGCGCCCACCACCAGGCCUUGCUCUGCGCGCCGUGCGCGCGCGCCGUCGGCUGCGACGCGGACCGCCACGCCAGGCGCGCCGCGCGCGCCUACACGGGGAUCCCGGACCCCGCGGAGCUCGCGCGCAUCCUCUACUGUGAGUGUGACACCGCCGCCCCGCCGCCUUUGUCGCCGGCGCCGGCGGAGUGGGUCCCCGACCUAAUCAACGUCGAACUGCUGCCGGACUUGCCGAGCAGCAGCAGCAGCUCUUGGCGCGAUGGCAAUAUCACCAGGCCGGACACUAGUGAUGAGGCAGCAGAUAGACCCCGUGAACUUGUCUGCUUUCCAUUUCUGUUUGAUGCAUAGUUACUACCAGGCAGUCUCAUCGAAACCGGAGGGGCCUUUGAUGCUCAGAUGAUCGGAUCGUCAUUACCAGCCUUACCGACCGGCGAUGGCGAUGAGCUCUUCAUGCAACAAGACUGGCCCAACCUCGACGACGCAGCAGGACUCGACGAUGAUGACUUCAACUUCAUUGUUCACGACUCCAACUUGACAAACUCCUUCAAUCUGAUGGGUCGCAGAGAAGGACCUAAUUUCGAGCUUAUCAUCAGCAUCAGCAUCAGUUCAGUUCAGUGGCCACUGCAAACAACAGCAGCAAUGUGGGCAGCACGUUCUACGGCACCGGCAUGCCGAUGCUGCCACGGGACGUGCUCCCGACUAGACACCUGAGCUUCGACUUCGAGGUGAAGCCGCCGGUCCCAGCGGUGGUAAGCAGCCCGUCGACGGGCGGCUACCACCAAUAUCAGGCGGAGGCGGCGGCCCUGCUAGUGGCGUCGUCGGCGCCGGAGAAACCACCAUCAGGGCAGGACAUGGAAGCAAGAACCAAGCAACUCGAGAAGAGGCAGGAGGCUAAGCAGAGGUACAAGGACAAGAAGAAGAACAGGAAGUUUGGCAAGCAGAUCAUGUACGUCUCCCGGAAGGUGCGAGCAGACACACGAAACCGAGUCAAGGGCAGAUUUGCAAAGGCGUGCAGCGGCAGUGGCCACAGCGGCGACGAUCAGUCUACACAGCAUUGCGAUGAGAAUGAGCAGCCUACAGAUUCUUGCCUAUAGGUAUAGGAUUAGAGGUUCUACUGGAUAGAUCAGUUCUUUGAUUUUCUUUUUACACAAGUGAGUAGGUAGAAUAAGUUUAGAUGAGUGUUCUUUUUCCCGCGGCACUUUGUUAGUGUUUUCCAACCUACCCUUUGGGCACUUCUAUUUGAUUUUCUAGGAUCGUUACAGCAAUGCCCGGCCCUGUGAUGUAAUAAUAAUUGUGUAAGGAACAUGCCACCAUUUGUGCCAUUUCAAGUGAUUUUGGUGAUCGAAUGACAACACAACACUUGGACUAA